AAAACGCCCACGACCUCACUACCUCCGCCCCGGCGGCUAUAUUUGGUAGUCAUACGCACACCAAGGAAGUGAGCAGUAAGGCUUGCUUUCGAGAAUUCACGCAGAACAAUUCUUGCUUUCACUUGCGUGUGGCAUGCAAGCUGCCUUCGAAGAAGUGCGAUUGGUAAAGUAAGUACAUUCCGGCUGGCUCUGCCGAAGGUAAACGAUAUGUAUGAGCGAAGAUCUUUUCAACUGUCGAGGUCGUCAAAAAUAUCGAAUUGCAGGCUACUUGAGUAUUGUCAAAGUUUCAAAACUUUUACGCGUUGUACACGUAUUAAACCAUGCCGCCGAAAGGUGGCGGCGCCGCCGAGCUGGAGGCGAAUUCCACCUUUGAGGCCCGCGCGCCGGACGAGGUCCCCGCCCCCGAGGAAGUUGCCGCCUUCGAGCCGGCGACCAGGAGCCUGGCGCCGCGGCUGUACCCGGAAUUUGAUGCGGAAGCGAUCGAUCAAGUCAACUGGGGCUUCAAUUUUGUCGAGUCGUACUACCCCGACGUGAAUGUGGUGGACAAAAUCAACGUGAAGCAGAGCCCGGGUUCUUUCUUCGAUGCCGACUUUCCGGUGUGGUCAAAUGGAGUAUGAGAGUGCACAAGUCCCCCUCCUCCUCUUUUGUAUGGCAUGAACGGCAAUACAAGCAUCAGCAAGAGUGCCGGUUUUGCAUGACAAAUUUGCGCUGGAGUGUAGUGCUAUUUGGGCUGCCCGAACUUGUCAUGCAAACAGUGCCAAGAGCCAAGGCGCAAAUUAGGCAUUUUGCAUGACAAAUGAGGGGGAGGGGGGGUUGUGCACUGUCAAAUGGUGGCGCGGAGAAAAUCGACAAGGGGGUAGCCGUAUCCUGUGCAAAAGUAUCGUACUCGUCUUGCAAUCAUGCAUUACAAAUCUUUCUCUUAAGGUAAAUCAGCAUUACAAAUUUUAUCUCUCAUGCUGAGGAAAUUUGUAAUGCAUUUAUACGAUUACCUUUUGCAAUGCAUAAGCCGAGCGAACCACGGCCUGGCGCCGGGUCACGCACGUGAAGACUGCGGGACAUACCUUGGAGCCACCUGGUAUGGCGUUCUCAAACGUUACAUUCUCAACUGUUACAUGAAUUUGUCAUGCAAAAGAACCUUGUUAAGCCGGCAGAUCCAGAUGAUCGAGCUGCUUCGCAUGACAAAUUUCGGGAGGGCUAGACAGCAUCUAAAUCUGCGCCAAACUUGUAAUGCAAAAGGCGCAAUCUUCUUCCUUCCAAUUUUGCCAGUCUUGCAUUACAAAUUCAUGUUGUAAGAGUUGACGUUGAGAAUGUAACAUUUGAGAAUGCCAUACCUGGAGGUGCUGGAGGCGAGGAGGAAGGUGCGGGCGGAGAUGCAGCCCCGGCCCCGCUGGUGCGAUCUAGUUAUUCAUACAUCUUCGUGAUUUUCAUUUUUAUUGUCAUGCAAGGUUCUAGUUCAUUUUCAUAUUCUUUCAUCCUCAUACAUAGUCAUGUUCAAGAACGCGCACCAGCAAUAGCAAAGAAAAGGACGCAGGAACAGGAAGUGGUCCUCACUACUACUCAUUGCGUUCAAUAAGAUUCAUGUGCUCCUUAUUUGGAUGAAAUAAAAAUGCAGGCCAGCGAGGGGAAAAGCACGCAAGAUCAGUAUGACGAGUGGCUGGCCCCGCGAGGCGAGUCUUACUCGAAGUCCUGCAUGGUUGCGUUUCUGGAGAACUGCAAACAGUCCGAUAUGUACAAGGAGCUGGGCGUCCCUGUGCCAAAGCCGCCGGCAGACGGUAUUCAUUGUACUCCGUUUAUUGCGGUUUCGUGCUCUGUUCGCUGGAGAAAGAGUUGUAGAAAAUGCAGUUGUACGGAGAAGUCGUCCGUUGCGACGUGCUGAAUUUCAAUUUUUUUCUGAUGCAAUUAUUCGCUCCGAAACCAAAAUCUCGCGACGCAAAAUAAACAAUCGCUCCGUCAAAAAAUAUCCAGGCGACGAAGCGGAGCCGCAGCCAAAAUACCUGCGCAUGCCCGCCUGCAUGUACGUGCAGCCCACGCAAGACGUGGGUUGCGCCCAGGCUAUGGCGUCCGCUUUCGGGGUAAUAGAGGAGAACUGCGCGGAUAAGCUGCCGAACGGAUCCUACCUCUGGGAACUGAUCUACCCCCAGGCCGAGGUCAGUUUCAAGACGUUAGACCCACCAGCGCCACCCGCUGGGGAGGAGGAAGCGGCGGAGGUAUGAUUGAAUCUUUAAUCUUUUGUUUUGGUGCUGAUUGAUGUGGUCCUCACGACCUAGUACCAGUACGCAUCUGAUUUCGGGUUGUUCGCUAUUUGCAUGCAGCAGCUGCACAAACGAAGAGGAAGAUGAUGCGGUAGUUAAUACAUCGAAUUAUGGUGUUGAAGUCCACAAGCACAACUGAGUUCAUCUUCAACUUACUAUCCAAAUCAAUUCUAAAUUUCCGUCUCUCGAGGUUCCUCCCCCGCCGCCCCCUGGGAAAUUGAAGCUCCCCAUCAUCAACCCCAGCGGGAAAUACGUGGUGAAGCUCUUCAUCAUGGGUAAAUGGCGGGCCGUCGUGGUGGACGACACCGUGCCCUGCGAGAGCCUCGACGACGGACAGACCUUCACUUCGCUGCUGCCAAACGCGUGCACGAACUCCAUCCUGGCGCGCAUCCAGCAGAACAUGAGCAAAAAGCGCCGGCCGGCGAAGGUGGACCCCACUAAGGACUUGGACAAAAACGCCAGUCUUUGGUGCCAGAUUCUGGGGAAGGCGAUCUUGAAGGUAAGUACGAAUUCAGCUGUUCACGAAUGAGGUUGAGGAUUAGCUUCUGAUGUGCAACUACAAGAAGAAAGCUCGUCAGCAGUUGCUUGUGAUUAACAGUGUUGAUAGUUGUUCGCUGAAUUCUUGCAAAAGGAGCAUUGAAUGCCAAGUGCAGGAGGGAGCAUUCGGUAAACAAAGGACCUUGCUCUGCAAGGAGCGUACUCUCGCACGGCACGAGCUUCCUUUCACCACAGGUUUCCCGAGACUUCGACUUCGUACCCUUGCUCCACCUUUUAACCGGGUACAUUCCGGUCGUGGAGCCCCUUACCUGGGCCUAUGGAUUGCAAAAGUGUCUGGGUCUGGAAGAAUGCAACUUGUGAUGCUGCAUUUGGAUUCCAAAAAAAUCUGUAUUGCAUGAGCAGCAAAAGGAGUAUAAUUUCUGCUUCUACAAGGAUAGGGCAUUCGCAUUUGUCAUGCGGAAUAGGCAUCAAGAUGCCUUCAAAAAAUCUGUGAUGCUAGGGCGUGCAUCACAGACAUCAUGGCUCAUGCAAAACGUGCUUCACAACUCUCAUAGUCUUCCAGACCCAGACAUAUUUGCAGUGCAUAGGGCCCGGCUUUCCACGAAGAUCGAGGACAAGAGCGAAAUGCUGCACUUCAUGCUGAAGCCGGAAAAUAGUGAGCCCAUGCAGCCAAGGAGCAGCUUCGUGGGCACAGGAGCAAAUAAUGCCGCGCAAACAGAUAAUUGUGAAGAGCCGAAGGAGAAGAUUAUUCCGCAUUUGUUCGGCACGAUUUGCGAAAUCAACGAGAACAAGGACGAGAAGGGGACAUUGCUGCACAGGCAAGUGCGCGUGAAAAUCGCGGGUGGGCUGAAGCUAUGCAUUGCAAAAGUACAACCGUAUAACUAGCAGGCAUCGCUCAACAAUUAUUUUCAAGAAGAAGAGAGUGUGACGUGUAUUGCUUUUUGGGUUUGGCAACGAUGUUUGUCAGGCCCAGGCGACGUGAUGUGCAAUUUAUACGAGCACUUUUGCAGGGGAUAGAAGCCGGACUGGGCCAUGGAGAGCAAAAUGUUAAGGCACGUGAAAUAUCAAAUGCAAAUGUGUCUUGGUCUGGAAAGUUGUGAUGCUAAUGUCCGAAUACUUAUACGCAACCUGUGUUAGCAGGGGGGCGCGCAUGAGAAGUUUCUGAGCGGCUUUAAUGUCUAGCGUGCGCCGGCGCAUGACAAAGAAAUCGCCUUCUUGGAUGACCACAAACAAGUGGCGCUGUAGCGCAACAAGCAUGACAGACUUUUCUGUCUGGUUGGCCAUCAAGGAGCAUGACAAACUUGCAACAUUCUUCCAGGCCCGGAGAUGAUAUUUGCAAUGCAUAUGAAAAUGGAGAUGCCAGAAUCGAGCGACAGUGAGGAGGACGCGGACGAUGACGAUGGGAAAGAUUCCGCGAGGCUGUCAGCGUCCGACCCGGGUGGCUUAACCGUAACGGCGGAGGAAAUCGCGGAAAGAGAAAAGAAGAGGGAAGCGUAUUAUAAUAGUUUUGGUGGUGGUGGGUUUUGUACUUAAAUAACGUUAUUAAGCAAUACUCAAUUUCUAUUUCGUAUUCGUCUUUGUCUUGCAUGGAGUACAACUCGUCGACUUCGAUUUAGCAUGACAUGAUCUCUGUGAAAGAAUCUACGCGUCUUCCAACUACAGAGCGCGCAAGGCCCGCGAGGAGGCACGCAUCGAACUUCGGCGCAAGUUGGAAGAGGGUGACAGUUUGACGCGGAAUAUCCUGAGUGAAAACGUCCCCACACCAUAGUCAAGAUGGGGAAUCGGCUAGACAAAUCCACAAGCUUUGGCUCUUUUGCAUGACAAAUUUGGAUUCGUAGUGUAGUGCUGUUUGAGCUAGCUCAGCAGCAUCACAGAUCUAGCAUACCAUGCUGAUUGGAGCAUGACAAAUUGCAAAGCACGAUUAUAAAAUGCUUCUCAUGGGGCUCCGCAUGAGAAACAUUUUCAGCAUGCAGAUUUGCAUUACAACUAUGGGGUGAGGACGUUUUUAAAUAGGAUACGGAAUAUCGACGGCGGCUACUGGAUAUGAAGUGCAAAUAUGUCUGGGUCUCCUUGAAGUAGAGUUUGGGCUUGUCAUGCACAUUUUGCAUGACCCGUCAGGUUUGUGAUUCUGGUGCUAGCGUCACAGAUUCUUUCAGAACGUCUUGAUGCUAAUUACGCAUGACAAAUGCCCUCUCCGCGACGUGCCAAGAGCUGACUCCUCUUGCUGCUCAUACAGCACAGAUAUUUUUAGACUCCGCAGACAGCAUUACAAGUCUCACACAUUUGCAGUUGAUACUGGAUCAACUGGACGGACGUGGUGGACCUGGCCACCCACUUCUCCUUUUACGAGUCCGCGGACAAAUUCACCUGUGUGGAGCACUAUGGAUUGCAAGAGUGAUCGUACUUGUACUAAAGAUUGCAGUCAUGCAUUACAAAUGUUCGCAUUAAGGGAAAUCCGCAUUACAAAUUCGAUUUAUCAUGCAGAAGAAAUUGAAAUUUGUCAUGCGCUAGCGAUUUCUACUAGUUUAAGUUAUUUUACUAGUACGAGUCUCUUGCAAUGCAUAAGCACGACUCGGUCCCGGUGGAAGACGCGGAGAGUUCGAAAGUCAUGCUGUAUCAAAAGGAAAAGACCCCCCUUCCCAUAUCAGAACGAAAUUUCUGAUGCUGGAUUUGCGUACAUAAAUCAGCCUCGUCUUGCAGUAGAAGAGGACUGCAGGCCCAUAUCGAGCCUGACUGGAGAGGUUUUGUGACAUAGGCGCCCAGCAUGACAAAAGUCCAUGCUGUAGGCCUAACAGCAUCACAAACCGCUGGCACAAUGCGGGGGGCCUUCUCGGAUUGCCUUCUUGCAAGACAGAAACGAUUUGUGAGUACAAAUCAGCAUCACAAAAGAUAUCUUUUCAGUAAGGGGAGGUGGGAUUAUUUUUCCUCGCGAUAUGCUGCCCACAAAGCCCAUGCUCCUCACCGUCCGCGUCCGGCCGAGCAAAGGUGGACCAGGACAAACAGCGAGUGCAACAACUUCGCCCACUAUCAUUUGUAAAAACGUCCCCACCCCAGAGUCAAGAUGGGGAUUUUGCAACACAUUUCUCGAGGUUUUGGGAGCCACGCAUGACAAGUUGCAGGCUGUAGUGUAUUGCAGUUUAGUAAGGGAAGCCGCAUAACAAAUCCAUCUCCUCAUCCUGUUUACAGCAUUACAAGUUCCAAAAUACAAUGGGAAAUGCCUCUUGUGAGGAUGCGCAUUACAAAUGCUCUUGUGCUUGCAGAUCUGCAUGAUAACUCUGGGGUGGGGAUGCCUUUACACAGGAGACCCACCGAUACUUCCUCAUCCUCGGAAAAAAUCACCGACUCCACGCUGCUGCUCUGGUCUGCCACGCAGCCCGACGGCACGCCUGAGGAGGGGGAAGAAGGACUACCCGACGAAGGAGCUAGUCCGGCGGACCCCGCGGAAACGGCGGCGCCAACCAAGGCGUCGUCGAAAUCGUCGGGAAAAAAAGAAAAAGACGCAGCCGCGGGGUCUGGUACAACAACUUCCCAACAGGAACAACAGGGCGGGUCGACAAGUAGCACGGCCAUUCCGACCUGCCAAGUCGUGCUCGCGGUGGAGCCGAUGGACCCAUCAGUACAUGCGGGGAGCUACUUUUUCCGCGCGAACAACUGGAAGUUCAACAGCUACCCGAACACUACGAGCACAGGGUCCUCGGGUGGAAAAAUAUCAAACCCGUUCACGACCGGUUUCCAGAAGCUCGCAAAUCACCUUUGUUACGCGAAGAAGGCCGCGGCUGGGAGUGCUGGUGCAGCAGAGAGCGAUCCGGACGCGCCGGACCCGUUCUGCUACUUCGACUACAACCCGCUGGCGCUGUCUGCCACCUGCACACACGUGACGGGUCCGAACGCGCCAAGGGUGCAGGGGUGUUUCGACGUGCCGGUGGUCGCAAACGGGUCGGAGCUAUGCUUCGCAAAUAUGUCUGGGUCUGCAAGAAUGCAGGUUUCGUUUGUCAUGCUUGUCUGGCAUGACUCUUAGAUCUGUGAUGCAUGAGCAGGACAAGGCCCUCUUGCCUGUCAUGCAAAAACGCAGUUUGCCAUGCAGUAAACGAAACACAUAAAAAACCGCUCAAAAAAUUGUCAUGCUUGGCGGCAUAUCGCAGUGCGCCCACCAUUCACAGAUUUGCAUCACAACUUUCCGGACCCAGAACGACUUGCAUUUGAUAUGAGCACUGCUUCUUGCUGAUCGAGGAUCCGACAAAAUCGGGAGCGAAACACCAGGUGUUGCUGAAAAAGUGCAGCGUGCCUAGUUCUGUAUCAGGAGCCGAAACUACGACGCUGAUGAACUACGAAGCCAGGGCGACAUUCGUCGAGCCCGCGGACUACCUGGAGCAACGAGCACACAUCCCGGUUCUGAAGAUCGGA